UUCAACCACCGCAGAGCAAUGGCCGCGGCAGCUGAUGCGAAUUGUUAAAUGUUGUUUAAUUGAUUGAACUACUUCACUUAGCGCAUACUUUGAGUCUCUCGAAGUUAAGAGGAAAACAUUGUGAGGUCGCCGCGAUCGGACGCCUGCUCCAACACUACUGCGACCCAGGCAUCAGGAAGAGAGGAAGCUACCAGGCUAUAUGGCUGAGCCGGAGCUUCUGCUGGACUCUAACAUUAGACUAUGGGUGGUAUUGCCCAUUGUCUUCAUCACCUUUUUUGUUGGGGUGAUUCGUCAUUAUGUCUCCAUCCUUCUUCAAAGUGACAAGAAGUUGACACUAGAACAGGUUUCUGACAGCCAGGUUCUUAUUCGGAGCAGAAUUCUCAGAGAAAAUGGAAAAUACAUUCCCAAACAGUCAUUUUUGAUGAGGAAGUUCUACUUCAAUAAUCAAGAAGAUGGAUUUUUCAAGAAGACCAAAAGAAAGGUUGUUCCACCCUCUCCAAUGACUGAUCCCAGCAUGCUGACAGACAUGAUGAAAGGAAAUGUCACCAACGUGCUUCCAAUGAUCCUCAUUGGAGGCUGGAUAAACUGGACCUUUUCAGGAUUUGUAACAACUAAGGUUCCCUUCCCUCUCACUCUGCGCUUCAAGCCCAUGCUGCAGCAAGGAAUAGAGCUGCUUUCACUGGAUGCUUCCUGGGUGAGCUCAGCGUCCUGGUAUUUCCUGAAUGUGUUUGGGCUACGAAGCAUGUACUCAUUAAUCCUAGGCCAAGAUAAUGGUGCUGAUCAGUCGAGGAUUAUGCAGGAGCAGAUGAGCGGUGCUGCGAUGGCCAUGCCAGCUGACACAAAUAAAGCUUUCAAGGCUGAGUGGGAGGCACUGGAACUGACUGACCAUCAGUGGGCGCUGGAGAGCGUAGAGGAGGAGCUGAUGAGCAGGGAGCUGGACUUUGAUGGCAUGUUUAGCAAGGAGCUACCAAGUGGCAUCUUCUGAUGACCUGAUAAUUACUACUUAGAGCCUUCACUUUUAAUUUUGAUCAUUUCAGGGAUUUGUUUUUGGUUACAAACACAGAGAUGGGACAAAUCCCUCCAUGUUAUGCAAAGUUUACAUUCCCUUAUUUGAGGUCCUUGUCACAUUACCUUUCUGUUCCUGUUUGGGAGAAAUUAAGUGGCUUUUUGCAUAUUGAAAUGCAUCAUUAUUAGCUUGCAACUGUAUGCCAUCAUAAUGCCAUUAGGUAAUAGAAUGUGAACUACCUAGUGUGUAUUUUUUCUUAGGUCAUGCACAGCUAGCAUUACUGUACUCAUUUUCAUAUGUAUCAUCAACAGUGGGAGUAAAUACCAUUUUACAGGUCUGAAUGAUGUUUAUCUAAUUAUAAUUUAACAAUCUUUAACCACUCCUUUGUUAGACCAUAGAUAGAUCAUCUGUUCUGUGUCAGCUGCCUGAAGUUGGAUGUAAAUCCAGAACUGAUUAGGUGUUGGCCUGAGCAAAAUAUGUUUUUGUGAUUGAAGUGUUGUGUUUUUGAAGUAUGUAGAUGGUUUAUUUUGUAUUGUAACUCUCCUGUGUUUUGUACAGAAUAA